AUGGCGACUAUGAUAAAGGAAAAACGGACAGAAAAAAAGAAAACGAAAGACAAAUCAACACAUAAAAGUCAUAUAAAACACAAAUUGGAAGAAGAUUUAAAGUUAGCAGAGAAACCAGAAUCUACUUUAGAAGAUAUUGAAUGUAAUAGUAAGAAAGAUACUACAGUUAGUACAAAAUAUGAUACUGAAAGAAACCCAGCUGGUGAGGAAGAUUCUAGUUUAGAUCUAUCAACUUCUCAUGAUAAAUGCAUUCAAGACCAACAUCAAUCAAGGCAAAAGCCGUCAGGAGUAGAAAUUAAAGUAGAUUCAGAUACAGCAAGCUGUACCAAGGAAAUUAACAAACAGUAUGAAAAAGUUGUAAAAAAUGUUAAUGAGGUCAAUAUUGAAAACGUUAUCAGCCAAAUUGAAACUGCUAAGGAAUCAAUCAGUAGUGAUAAUUCUUGUGAAAUAGAACAUCAAGAUGCUGUUCCAUCAGCACCCAUCUUUGAAGAAGAAACAGCCACAUUUGUUAGUUCACAUAAUGUGGAGCCAGAAAUAGUUAUUCAGGAAAAAUCUAAAGUGGAAUGCAUGCCUUUAGAAGAGGCUGUUAGAAUUUUUGGAGGGAAGGAGAUCACUGAAGUGAGAACUAUUGGUGAAAAGGAAGAGGCUAUUGUGGAAGCUGGACCUAUUAGUGGACCAGAACAUCCCCUUGUAGAUUUAUUGUCAACUUUCAGAUCAUCCUUGAAUGCUGUUGACCGUAGCAGGACUACAAUAAGCAAAGGGUUUAUCGAAGAAGAAAAAUCUAGAUCGUUAUUAUGGAAAGUAGAGAAACGCAAAGUGUAUCUAUCAGAAAAAUGUCCCUGUGGUAAUACAGUCAGCUUGCAGGCUACUUAUGAUCAUGCUGAGCUGCUGAAGGAGAAGUUACCAGCUGCUCGCAUGCGAUUAGAGGCCUUGUCUCGUGAGGUGCAAGACUCCUAUUGCCAUCACCAACACACGGCCCUGUUAGCAUAUUGGCAGGUUGAAGAGUUGGUGUACGAAACGAUUCGUAGCAAUAAGGGAGAAAUUCGUGAAGCACUAUCGCUUAUCCUGCAAGCGCUACGGUUGAGCGACAGUACUUCGGAAGCUUAUUCGAGCGCACUACAACGCUGGGCGGUCGCGUUGUCUGCGUCGCUCCUUCACGGACAGGAUUUAAGACAGCUGAUCUUUCUCAUUCAGCAUCUAUUUAGACAAACGCGUUCCGUACGUUGGGCGGCGCAAGUGAUACGCGUACAAGUGACCGACCUCUGCUCAGCGGCGCGGAUCAUAGCCUUACUCGAACUGAUACUGGCUAGGCCAGGCCUGGAGACUGCUGUAGAGUGUACUGAAGAUUUGGAGGAGGUAUGGGAGGAGGUGGAUAGGCGCGGGGAGGGGAGUGCGGUGCGGGAGGGCCGGCUGCGGGAACGGGACGCGCUCGCCUUGCUCAGGACCUUGCCUUUACGCCAGCUGUUGGCGAAGCUGAUGCUAUUCGCCAGAUCCGAUAUAAGAAGUAGUCAAGAGCAGGAGUGGGGUGACUCAUCGGGCGGGCACGGGGUGAUAAAGGCGGCGUGCGGGGUGCGCGCGCUGCUGCAUGUGGUGCGGCGCGCCACGACUGCGCACGCGCAGUACGCGCGGCUGCAGCGCGCGCUGCGGGCGCUCGCGGCCAACGCGCUGCGGGCACUCGCUGCGCUGCACCUGCACUCCAGAAUGCACUAUUAUCAAGAUCUUCACGAAAAAGUGCUUGCGGAAUUGGAAGCUUGCUUCACAGCUGGCCUGACGUUGCUCGACGCAGCCGACCUGCAUAAGUUGCCGGCAACUCUUCUUAGCGGCGACGCCGCUAGGGACUAUUGCCUCGGCCUCAUGGUGGGGUUACAUGACAAAAGACCACAUCACAUUGGUUCGUUACGCGCUGAACUUCCUGCGUUGGACUGCGACACGUGCGUCCGCAUACUCGUACAAGCUGCGCUCGAUCGUACGGACGAUCGCGAACUAGCGCGGAUACUACUCGACUUCUUGUGUCAGACUGCCAUGAAACCUAAGCCGGCAGCUUGUAAGAACUCUUGCGAGUUGAAGGCUCGCGAAGGUCUGCCGCAACUAUUGGCUGUACACCCGUACCUUCACACCACCAGCUUCCAUAUGUUGGCAGAUUUGAACCAAGCGGAACCAGUAGACCCGGCGUCAGUUAGCUAUCUGUCAGUGGAAGAGUGGCGUCCAAACUCUCACGAGGUGUUGACAGUUCUGGAGGACUGGUCUCAACGGUGCCCACAAUUUAUUGAGCAUUUGUUGCUACAAUUGGAUUACACCCCAUAUGAAGGUUUGUCGCUGGAGACGCAGCUGAGUGUGGGAGCGUGGCUGUGCGGGCACGUGCGCGCUGCGCCGGUGCCGGCCGAGUGGGCGUGGCGCGCGCUGGCCCGCCUGCGCACGCACCGCUCCUACUGGCGCCUGCCGCUCGACGCCCCGCCCCCGCACCACGAACCGGACGACCUCUUCUCCAUCACUGCAGCACUGCUAUCUACGAGUUGGGGCCAUUCUGUGCCCUUGAUAUGCUCCGAGGGCGCGCGUGCGCUGUGCCGUUUGGCGCGAGCGCGGCCGCAGGAGGCAGCGCGGUGCGCGCGCCUCGUCAUGCGCGUCAUGCGCCACUCGCCCGAGUCCGUCGCACUCACACCUGAGUUCACGGAAGUGUUCAGUCUGCUGCUGGGUGCGGGUCCGUCCCUGGUGUCCUGGGCGCUGGGCCGCGGCGGACCCUCCGGUGCUGAGCUGCUGCAGCAAGAGCUAUUAAAUGAAUUUACCAGCUCUCAAUACGAGGGUGGGGCUAUUACUCCGUGGCUGCGAGGUUUGUGGGCGCCCUCUUUGAGCAGUUCAGCUCGAGCCAUUUUGGAUGUUGCCUUAAGGACUACGAGGGACUGGCCCGCGCUCGACUCUACCGUCGCAGCUAUGUUACAGAACGAGAACCGCAGAGAAUACAUAACGGACGCGGUGCGGUGUGUGCGCGAGGCACCGUUGCUGUGCGAGGCCGUGCUGCGCGGCGCGCAUGCGCAGUGCGAGGCGCGCGUCCCGCUGUGGUCGCGUCUGCUGCACGCGCUCGCGCACCAGCGCCACCAUGCGCAGCGCACCCACGUCGACAACGCACUAAAGCAAAUUGGUGUCACAAUGAGUGCAGAGGAUCUAGUGAUAUAUCGUGUGGCGACAGCGGCCCUAUCAGCUCCUUGGCAGCAUCCCGCACAUCUCACGCUUUGGAGAUUAUUUUUUCAUCUUUACCUUCAGAGGCUGCCGUCUGAUCCACAAGACUCAACGCCACCUAUCGGUCCAUUAUUCUUCAGUGGCAUUAUAAAAUCGCGCACUUUAGCACAACUCAAGAAGCGACUACAAGAGACCAUUACCUAUCACCAUAGUCAAGCGGAACAGCUGAAAUCUCAAAUCAACGCCAAAGUACAAACUCAGGAGAAUCCUACAUCGAGUAAAAAUAGUAAAACCAAAACAACGAUUGAGAGUAAUAUGUUUCCAGCAAUAUCGAUAAUCGAUUUGACUGGAGAAUCGAGUUCUAGCGAAACUGAAACCGAUACAUCGGAUGAAGAAAAAGAAGGAAUAAGAGUUAAGGAAGAACAAGAAAUAAAUAAGGAGACCACGGGAAGUACACGAGAUACGCUCCAUCUAUCAAAUUAUCACGCUGCAGCAGAAAAAUUGGUUCGCGAGUACGCUCGUUGGUUGGAGGAGGGGGAUAAAGUACGAGCAGCUCCCCACCACGCUGAUAUCGCAAGGUUCAUUUCCGAACAGAGUUUGGACGCGGCGUGGAGAAGUUCCCUGGCGGGCUGGUCGGGCGAGCGCUCGCCGCCGCAGCGCCGGGCGCCGCGCAAGCCGCCGCCACUUCCCUUGCAGAUGGCUAUCGACAACAUACUCAAAGUCAAUGAUCGCUCGUCUACGAGACCACGUGUACCAGAUAUCAAGCCUGUACUAGACGGUGAUAACAACUUGGCAGAUGCCCGCGUCGUUUACGGCCUCGUUGAUAAAUAUUUGAAGGACAUCGAAGCACUUGCCAAGGAAUGGGCUAGUGACGUGGAGCGGUUAUGCAAGUUGGACAGCAAGGUAUGGGAACUAGUGGCAGCGUUACGAGUGAGGCGUCCCUUACCAGCGUGCCUGAAGAAAUGUGAGAACAACUGCAAGCCGCUCACCUUCGUCAUACAGAAAGACGAGUGGGUUAUAUCGACAGGAGCUGAACAAGGGAUACAAGAGAACAGGCGCAGUGCCUCGGCAGUGCUGCGUAGAGUGGCGCGACCUCGACCGCACGCCGCACGCCUUGCAGCUGCCUUACACACUCUUGCCAGAAGUGUGCGCAGUGGCGAGGCCGCGGCGCGCGUGGCGGAGCGCGCGGCGCGCAGCGCGGCCGCGGCGGCGCUCUGCCCGCUCGCCGACAGCCUGCUGCACUCGCUCGUUUCUUAUCUCGCAGAGCGGUGGCUGUGCGGCGAGGCGUCGCGGUGCGUGCCGCUGGUGGCGCGCUGGGGCGGUGCGGGGGGCGGCGCGGCGCGGCUGUGCGGCGCGCUGGUGGCGCCGCGCCGGCUGCCGGCCGCCGCGCACGCGCAGCUGUACCGCGCGCUGCUGCACGCCCCGCUGCCGCCGCACGCCGCCUUCAGCUGCCUCUCCAAGUUCGAAAUGAGUUCGUGGACAGAAAAAGUUGACUCUACACAGAGAGAGGAAAUGCUGGAUCUGCUGAUAGAAGCAGCUCAGCGUUGGGGACCCAAUCCCGACCCCGAAUACCAUAUUUUAUUAGAGCUGGUGGGUGUUCACCUGGAGGCAGUGUGCGGGGCGCAGGAGCUGUGCGGGCUGCUGGCGAGCUGCUCGCGGGCCGCCGCGCGCGCCGCGCUGCCGGCCGCAGCCUGCACGCACCUCACCAACGCAGCACGCAAGCUCGCGCACCAUCUCAACUCCAAUCAGUUGGGAAAUUUACUAAGGGAACUGGGCGUCAUCUGGUGGGAGACUCGAACGGCUGCCAACGCGGAGAGUCACACGUACGAACCGUACGCGCCCCACGUGGCCGAGUUGCUAAGUAUCUUGCAGCGCGCCUUCGUGGCGGCUACCCGCACGUUGGGGCAUGACGUCGAAAAGCUGUCAUGGUUCGCGUGGUGCGCCUUGCGGGAGGCGUGGGCUGCGUGGGUGCAGGCGGGUGACGUGGCGCCGCUGCUGAGCGUCGUGGACGGCUCCGACGCGUAUGCGAACCUGCUUCAACGCUUCCUCGACACACUACGCCUCACCAUAGAUGACUGUCCAGGAAGCGAAGAAUACAUCCUGCGGUACGUUUGGGAGUGGGCAGUCCACACAUACCUCGGCGUUUCCACGUCGCGUGCGUCGCAAGAGAGCCGCGUGCAAGUGUCGGCACUGCUGGGCACGCUGGGCGCUCUGGACUGGACGCGGCAACAGUGGGUGCAUGCCGGCUGCCUGCCGCUCGCACUGCAGGUGAGUCGGAGUGAGGACAAGGAGCUGACGAGCUGGUGCUGCAGCACGUGGCGGGGUACCGCAGCCGCCUCGUGGCUCCGCGGCGUAACCGACCACCAGCUGGCGCCGCAGCUCGCCGCACUGCUCGCUCUAUUGUGCUCCCCGCAGCUCCAGUUCUCGCCACAGACUCUAGAAGAAGCGACGCACUUGCCAUGGUGGCGACUGCCUGAGGCAGCACUGGAUACUGCCAUGGAGCAGUUCUUCGUCGAUCACCAUAACCCAGCGCUUCCUUACCACGAGGUUCCACAGUUCAGGCUGAUGUUGGGUGCGAGCCAGCUGGUGGCGGGCGGGGCAGCUGAGGCAGCGGGGGCGUGCGGGGCGGGCGGGGCGGCGCGGGCACGGCGGCUGCGCGGCGUGUCGCAGUGCGUGCGCGCGUUCUCGGCGCCCGCGCUGCUCACGCACGUGCGCGCGCACACUGCCUUCCUGCUGCGAACGCUCGCCGAACUCGCGCCUCAAAUAGAAAACUCUGAAGGAGAAUUAGAAGAACUACUCAGCAGAGCGAUCGUCAUCUUGUGUAUAGAACCGGCAGCUGAGGCGGCCUUACCGGUGUGGGAGCAGUGGGUGCAGCAGAGCAGUGGCACGCUGCGGCUGGCGUGCGCUUGUGCGGUGGGCUCGCUCACAACACUCGACCGCUUCUGCGCACUCGCCGAGUGCGUCGCGCGUGCGCAUAUGGCACAGCCAGAUGGUGGGGGGUGGGCAGCGCUGCGUGGGCGCUGGAGUGCGUGCGUGUGGGCGGCUGACGUGGCCAGUGAGGCGGCGGCCGCACGCCGCGCAGCGCACGCCGCCUACGCGCUGCACACGCACGCACACACGCACGCGUCUGCGGCCGCGCUGCUCGCACUCGCCGACACGCUCUUCACCAGUGGCGACGACGAGCCCAUCGCAGCCGUGUGGGUGUGUGUAGCGUGUCGAGUGGGGCGGGGGUGCGAGGCGGGGCGCGGGGAGGCGCGCAGCUUGGUGUCGCGCGGCGCGCAGGAGCCGCGGCGCUCGCUGCUGCGCGUCGUGUCGCUGCAGCAGCGCGCCGCACACAACGCACGCAUCCGCCUUCUGUGUCGCUUCGCUCAGUGCAUCCUAAACCCUGAGUCGGAGAAUUUAGUCCGUGCGUACGAAGCAACGUGCGCAGCUGUACUCGGUUCCAACGCUGCCGAUGUGAUGGCGUGGGGCAAAGCGCCCAGUGCGAAACUCCUACCACGUCUCGCUCUAAGGCUAUUUCCAGGGAAGGAGGUAUACUUUAAGGAAGAACUAGAUAUGGUACCCGAAGAUGCUUAA